AUGGACAACAGUAUAUUGUGCUCAGAAAUCACAACAUCGCCCGAUGAUGGAAAAUGCCAUGUUCAAGAGAAAGGUGAUGCCUUCAUCUUUACUUAUUACCAUGAGCGCAUCGGAAACGAAAGCGAGUCAGUAUUUGUUUGCAAUUCAUCUGACGACAGUCAAAGACAGGUCAUUAAUUGGCACGGCAACGGAUAUGAAGAAUUUGAGCAACUUAUCCCAGAAUACCUUAUCCCAGUUGACGGGAGGGCACUGGGAAAUACGCUUGAGGACUACUUGGAGAAUGCUCAAAUACGCGUUGGCAUGGAUACACUUAUACUCAGAAUAGCGCCGAACUCUAUCUUCAGUGUGAUCUGCGCAAUCGGGGUUGAUCAUAUAUCGUGGGCAUGCGUGGCCCUCUUCAAAGAUGCGACGAUGCAACUCCUAAUUCCAAAUGAUACACAUGUAGAAGUUCAAGAAGAAAUGCUCCGUGGAAAGGCCUACAAGAUAUUUGGAUCUUUGGACACGUGCGAGGGCAAUGCAAGGGAAAUUGGUGAAUUGGAAACAGAGCAUGUUACCUUGCUUCACCCAAUAACACUUACCGAAAUGAGCGCUCAAGACCCACAAGAAAAUACUCUACUCAAGGCCCUGCGUCUUAUGCUAGCUGUGGGACUAACACCUGUUUGUGGCUGA